GACGUCACACUUCUCAGACGUCGGACUCCCAGAACUGAGGAGGAGGAGGAGGAGGCGGUAGAGGAGCCCCGCUCAGCCAACUCCACAGCGUGUUUGAGCAAAAAUGAAACAUGGAUGAGGAGGUCCACGAAAGUUGUGAGGAAGCUGCCCAUUGUAGGAAUUAGGACAACAUCCAACCAAAACCGACGACUCCAGACCUGAAUGAUGUUCGCUGGCCCAUCAUCGGAGCCAUUUACUGUUUGCCAAAGGUUAAUCAAAAUGGUCCUUAGGGAAGGGUGGCUGCUAUAAAAAAACUUUAAAGAAGAAAAACAAGCAAAAAAAAAAAGGAAAUGGAAAAACGGUUAGAAGAAAAGCUUCGGAUCAGCCCGAGAGAAAAGGAUUCUACUAAUUCUUCCAGAUCUCCAUUAAAGACAACCAUGGUGAUUCAGGACAGCUCUUUACCAACAGCACCCUCGCCUCAGAUCCGAAUCUUGAAGCGACCAGCAAGUAACGGGUCAUUGGCCUCCUCCAUGAAUCCAAACAGGCCUACUCCUCAAGUCAAGUCCCUGGCCCAGCGGGAAGCAGAGUACGCAGAGGCCAGGAAACGAAUUCUGGGUAGCGCCUGCCCAGAGGAGACUCCUCAGGAAAAGCCCAACACUGACAGGCCAGCGCGCAAUAACUCCACAAUGCCUUCAGAGGACACCAGAUCUAACAAUCACACUGUCCGGCAGCCCGCCGGCCCGGAUGGCACCCAGGGGUUCCGACAGCACAGAUAAGCGGGCCUCUGGGACGACCCAGCCAUGGAGGGGAGAAAGGGAUAAAGAGCUGCCUGAGAUCAAACACAUACUGUAUUCUUAAAAGGUCCUUCCCUUAGUUCCCUCAUAUCAGCAGUCUGUGAGAAAGUCAGGGAACGAGGAACUCCAGGAGGAAGCCAAACUUAAAGGAGCUCUCGCCUCUCUCCCCUGUUCAUGUUCAUUUGGCACUGUGAUUAUGGACAUAUUCUGGAUUCACUGUGAUCAUCCCCCUUUAAGAGACGCCCCUCAGCCUCCAUCUUUUUUUUUUUUUUUUUAUUGCUUUUAGUUCUGUCUGCCUAGGAAUGUAGGAAGAGCAAACAAAGACUUGAACAGUUCAAAGAUGAGGUGAAAUAAGGGGUCCUAAAACUAGAUCAGCUGGUUCAUGUACAGCAGCUUCAUCCCAGCAAUAACACCAGCUUUCACUUUUCAUCAAUUUCUUUUAAUCACUUGUCUUUACUGAAGGGAUGCACUGAUAGCUUUUAAAUAAGGAUCAGUUCUUACACACCACUAACUCUGCUUAUUGGAAUAGUGGAAAUGAGAAUCACUUUUCUCUGCGUUCUGGUCUGGAGGUAGAACGGUAGCUUAAAUAAGCGCUCCUGCCUGCAGCCGGUUGUCUAUUAAAUAUACGUUCAAUGUGGAAAACUGUUAAAAGUAUCAGUGCAUACCUUAAUAUAGAAACUGCCUUUUGUUUUUAAAAUCGGAGGUCAGGGGUUGUGUGUGUGUCAAGCAUAUAUCUGACAAGUUUUGUUUACUUUUUUUUAAGCUUUUAGCUGUCUGUCUUUGACAGUUGCAUAAUUUCUAUUUAAGAGUAAAUAAGAAUGAACAGGAGAAAAUGGAUUUAAGUCAGGUUUCAAGUAGCUUUUCUGCCCUUUUAUUUGAAACGGCAGCAGUAUAAGAGCAGUAUUUUAGAUAAACCAAAAGCCCAU